AUGACUUUCCGUGAAAUAGUCCUGUGGUGCGACAGUACGGUAGUCCUCGCUUGGAUUAAGAAACCUCUCAACCAGCUACAGUUGUUUGUACGGAAUCGAAUCGCAAUUAUACAAGAGCAUACCAGUAAGUACCGGUGGGAGUAUGUCCGGUCCCAACAGAACCCAGCAGACAUCGUAUCCCGAGGUCAACUAGUUGAAUCCCUGAAGCACAACAGCCUUUGGUGGAAUGGGCCCGAAUUCCUGCAAAGAGUUGAGUACUACGUAGAUGCCCCUGAAGACGUUCCAGACGAGAAGCUACCGGAACUUAAGGCCUUGGUAGCAGGGCCAGAUGUGAGUAUGGACUUCCUAUCUUUUCUUCCAAAGCUCAGUAACUUCCGCAAAAUCCAACGAGUUGUGGGCUAUGUCCUGCGAUUCACUGCCAAUUGUCGGAAAAAGGACCCGACCAAUCGAGAGAUAAAGCCCCAUCUGACCGUCCGUGAGUUACGCCGCUCAUCUGAAGUCAUCAUGCAAGUUUUGCAGAAGGCACAUUUCCCCAACGAGAUUAAGCUAAUUCUGGCAAACAAACCCUGCAAGAGACUCGGAGGUCUUCGUCCAAUUUACCACGACGGACUGCUUCGAGUAGGUGGUCGGUUGGACCGCUCCCAAUUACCAUUCGAAAGUCGCCAUCCAAUCAUUCUGCCAGAUAAGGAUCCGGUAGUACUACUACUAAUUCAACAAAUGCACGUCGAGCUCCUUCACGUCGGGCCUGAUGAACGCCAUGAGACAACGUUAUUGGUUGCUGAACGCAAGAUCCACCAUCCGAUUUAUCACACGCCGGUGCGUGAGAUGCUUCCGGACAAAUCCUACCACUCCCAACCAAUUGAUGGGAAACCUGCCAGUAUCGAGAGUAGUGCCGUCGCCCCCCUUCGCUGUGACCGGCGUGGAUUACGCCGGGCCUUUCUGGACCAAAUUGAGUGGAAUUUCAUUCCACCCGACGCACCCGAGUUCGGUGGUUUGUGGGAGGCAGCCGUGAAGUCGGCCAAAACCCAUUUGAAGCGGGUAGUCGGCAAUACGAAUCUAACGUUCGAGGAAUUGUGUACGAUCCUGUCAGAAAUCGAGGCCGUCUUGAACUCCCGACCAUUGUUCGCAAUUUCCAACGACCCGGCGGACCCGCUGGUGAUAACUCCAGCGCAUUAUUUGAUUGGACGACCACUGAUCGCCCCAGCUGAACCUUCCCUGGAGAACGUCAAAGCAUCCCGCUUGACACGGUGGCAACAUCUCCAACUUAUGCGCGAGCAAUUCUGGCGUGCCUGGAGCCGGGAUUAUUUGAAUACCUUGCAACUUCGGAAGAAAAAUCGACAAGAGAAGCCGAACAUUCGGGAAGACAUGAUCGUGUUGCUUCACGAUCGUAACCAACCACCACUCAACUGGAAGUUAGGUCGCAUCGUAGCCGUCUAUCCUGGAACCGACGGCCUGGUCCGAGCAGUUGAUGUCUUCGUGAAUGGAACCACGUAUCGACGUCCCAUCAAUAAGGUGUCCAUUCUGCCCAUCGAGGAUAAUGAUCCCCAUCAAAGCCCUCCGACUUCCAAAAGGUGUUGA